AUGACUACUCCUAUCGCAACCUCCCUCGAGGAAAUGCAACUCAACGCUACUACCUCUCCCUCUAAACCUAAAACCAGGAAAGAUUGGACUCUUCCUCCAACCUUUCUUUCCCUCCUCGCCACUCCUCCUGAAAGAAUUAUCGAUUCUCUCGUUCCUCUCAAACCUCCUACUCCUACUUCCCCUUCUACCUCUACGUCCACUCCUUUCGCACCCUUCCUCAAUGCUAUGAAGAAGGCUCCUGACACUCUCACCGAGAAGGGUGCUCGGGCCUACUCAUCCUCUGGAUCGGCUGUCGUAGACUUGUUUAACGACUUCGCCCCCGGCAUUGGGGCCGAACCUCUUUAUGAGCUUCUCGAAAAAGCUUGGAAGGAAGAUUCAGGAGCCACGCUCAAAUUGAUUUUCCAGGGAAGAUCGAUCCACGAGGGCAAGGGGUGGAAAGAAGGCUUUUACAGAGCUUGCGCAUGGGUUUGGGAGUAUCACCCCAGAACUUUCUUAGAGAACUUGCACAUCAUUGUGGAUCCCACAUGUAGACGACCCAGAGAUCCUAAGAGGGAUGAAGAAAGACGAAAGCGUCGAGAAGAGCGUGCCGCGGCCACCAACGACGGUGUCUUAGACUUAGAUGAGGAUGGAAAUGUAGAGUUGGAUGUCCCGGAAGAUUACGAAUACCCCUUUAGACCUCACGGUACAUUCAAAGAUCUCACCGACUUGCUUAUUCUCCAUAUCAGUGGUCAACUUAGCGUCAAAUAUAAGGGAAAAAUCACUGCUCUUGAUGAAGGUAUCGCACCAGCAUGGCAAGCUUCGACCUUUAAGGCUUCUCGCUUGGCUCUGAAGGCUGAUCCCAACUCUAAGAGAAACAGAAAUGGGUUCAAAGCUAUUCUCAAAGCAGCCAAGAAGAAACAAAAGGAGAAGGACCAUGAUGCCUUUGAGCUUAGUCUUUGGAGAGCACCAAGCUCCGCCGAAAAGCACAAGAUCCUUCAUCAACGAGCUGAAAAAGCUUUGUCCCACGAUAAGAAGUACCAGGCACUCUACAUCACGGUUCUGCAUAUCUUUGUCAAUUACCUCAAAGAAGAUCUUCGUUCUUUAGCCAAACACGAAGACUUCCUUAGACUCCCCUUGACCCAUCGCGAUCGAUUGAGAUUCAAAAAUAAUACCUCGCCCCACCUUUUCGCGCUGACUUAUGCCGCUAAAUGGGUGCCUUCACCAGGUAAAAGUGGUGAUAGACAUACUCUCUUCGCUACUGCUUUGGCCCAUAUGCUUUACCCUGGUGAUGGGGUCGAAUGGUCGAGGGAGAAACUUCAAAAGAAAGUGCUCACUCCCCUUAGGAAAGCUCUGGCUGUUCCAGAAGUGGAAAUGUCAAACAGAUCAUGGAACAUCGAGUAUCCCAAGGUGCCGUCGAGAUCCAUGGCUCGUAAUGCGAACGCGUUCGCUGAGCAUGAUCCUCAAGGUUUCGACAGAUAUUUGAAGAGAGUGUCGAAAGGACGAAAUACAAUCUCCGGUGCCUCCUUGAUGCCGCACGAGCUUCUAUAUGAUGCAACCCGCGGUGACAAUGCAAUCACCAAGAGAUUAGCCGACCUUCAAUGGAAGACCAUGGUCCAAUCAAUUCGAACUUCCUCUGCCAACCGACUAAACAAUUGCAUCGCCAUCGCCGAUGUUUCCGGAUCCAUGGGCUCCUUCUCCUACGGCCAAAAGAAAGAUCCUUCGCCUAUACUUCCUUGCAUCGCUCUGACCUUGCUUCUGGGUGAACUCGCUGUGGCUCCAUGGAACGGGGCAUUCUUCACGUUCUCAGCCGAACCUAAAUUCGAGACUAUCGAAGUCUCGCUUCCUCUCUCCGAACGAGCGAACACCCUCUCUCACGCUCAUUGGGAGAUGUCAACAAACUUCUACAAGGUGUUCAAUCUUAUCCUUGCUACCGCCAAAACUCAAAAGCUCAAACCGGAUGAUAUGGUGAAGAAGGUAUUCGUCUUCUCCGAUAUGCAAUUCGAUGCCGCUGCUGGAAAACAAUUCGGUGAGACCGAGCAUGAUGUGAUCAAGAGAAAAUUCGAGGAAGCUGGAUAUCCUCUUCCAGAGUUGGUCUACUGGAAUCUCGCUCCAAGAUAUGAUGGUGCUCCUAAACCUAUCCCCAGCGAUGUACCUGGUGUAUCACUCUUUUCCGGAUUCUCUGGUGCCCUCAUGAAGUAUUUCUUAGGCCAAGCUAAUUUGGAUGAAGAUGCGGCGAUGGACGUGGAAGAGGAAGAAGAUGAGGAUGACGGGGAUAUGGUGGUCGUUGCUGGACCUACCAAGAAAGGAAAAGAAGAGAAGAAAGCGGAGAAGAAGAAGGACUCACCUUUGGAUACUGUCAGAAAGGUGAUUGCUGCUGAGUCGUUCAAGGAUCUCAAAGUGAUUGAUUAG